AUGUGGCAAGGAAACAUUCUUGUUUGGAACUGUCGUGGCAUCACAAACAAGGAAACCCAGAGAGCUUUGAUCGACAUGGUCCAAGCAAAACGACCUCACCUCAUCUUCCUGUCAGAAACCCUAGCAUCACAAAAACUCAUUGACACUCUCACCGCACGUAUUGGUUUUGCUGGCAAUAUAUGCGUUGCAAGACAGCCUGAGUGUCAAGGGCUAGCUUUAAUGUGGAGUUCAGAUCUCAAGGUUGAUGAGCGCACAUCGUCCUUCCAUCAUAUUGACGCUGAUAUUUCUGACAAUGGAGAACCUGUCUCUUGGCGCUUUACAGGCAUAUAUGGUUUUGCAUCUAGGGGGGAUCGAAACCACACCUGGUCCUUAGUUGAAACCCUAGCAAGGGAAAAUUGCUCUCUGCCUUGGUUGAUGGCGGGGGAUUUCAACGAGGUCUGGUGUAGGGCUAACAAAUCUGGUGGUGUACCUCGUACUACUGCUGCCAUGACUCUGUUUCAGACAACAAUGGUGGCUACAGGUUUGAUGGAUAUGGGUUUUGUGGGAUGCAGGUUUACAUGGUCCAACAAGUUUACGAAGGAAAGAUUGGAUAGAGGCUUCCAAUCAACACAGUGGAGAGACCAAUACCCUUUAAUUCUAGUGAUCACACUACCUCCCUCAGACUCUGACCAUAAUCCCAUUCUUGUGGAAGUCAAAACAGAUUGUCAUCCACCUAGACGUAGUCCUCGGAAAUUUCGUUUUGAAGAAGGGUGGUUUGGCAAGGCUCCAUGUCAUGAGAUUAUUCAAAGAAACUGGGCAAGACCUCUUACUGGAAACGCUUUGCAACAACUUGGCACAAAGAUUCAUAAUGCAGGCCAACAACUCAUGCAGUGGCACCAAUUAGAUAUGCAAAAACAAAGAGUUGAACUUAAAGAAGUCCAAGAGAAAUUGUUUGAUAUCAUGAAACGGCCUUUCUCAUCUGAGCAGUAUGAAGAACAACGUUUGCUUCAUGCAAAACAAAGCCACUUGCUUGCUCUUCAAGAAAAGUAUUGGAGGCAGCGUUCUAGGGCGCUAUGGCUCAAAGAUGGGGAUAGGAAUUCUGCAUACUUCCAUAGAAAGGCUUCAAACAGGAAGAAUAAAAAUACAAUCAAAGGUCUAUUGAAUGCAGCAGGUGAAUGGCAAUCAGAACCAGCUACACUUCAACACAUGAUCUUUAAGUAUUAUGCACAAGUGUUUUGCUCGGAGGAUGUCAAUGAUGAAGCUAUAUCAACAAUCUUUCGAGCUACACCAAUGAAAGUUACUUCAUCUAUGAAUGACGACCUUAAUCUGCCAUACUCCGAUGAAGAGAUCAAAGCCGCUCUAUUUCAAAUGCAUCCCUCGAAGAGCCCGGGACCCGAUGGUAUGUCCCCUUUCUUUUAUCAAAAAUAUUGGCAUAUUGUAGGCCUUGAUGUUUGUCUAGCUAUCCGGAAUUUUUUGGAAAAAGGAGAACUCUGGGCGGAAUCGAAUUUUACCUACAUUUGUUUGAUCCCAAAGAUUAAAAAUCCAACUGAGGCUGCCCAUUUUAGACCUAUUGCCCUCUGUAAUGUCAUCUACAGGAUUUGUUCUAAGGUGGUGGCUAAUAGGCUCAAAAGAUGGCUGCCUGAAAUCAUCUCUCCACUGCAGAGUGCUUAUGUUCCAGGCCGCCUAAUAUCAGACAACACUUUAGUUGCUUCUGAGGUGGCACACUUCAUGCAUAAACUUAAGUCCCAGGAGGAGGCCUUCUUCUCUCUAAAGCUUGAUAUAAGCAAGGCGUAUGAUCUCCUUGAAUGGCCUUUUUUGCAAGCUAUUCUUACGAAAUUGGGAUUUGCUUCCCGUUGGAUCAAUAUGAUAAUGAAAUGUGUGACUUCAGUCAGUUAUGCAAUCUUGGUAAAUGGUGAAGCCACUGCCACGAUCAGUCCUACAAGGGGGAUUAGACAAGGUGAUCCACUCUCACCUUAUCUCUUUAUCUUAUGUGCUGAAGGCCUGUCUGCUUUAAUCUCUCAAGCAGUUCAGUAUGGUACCAUCAAGGGUUUGAAAAUGUGUCCACAAGCGCCAGUGCUCCACCAUCUUUUCUUUGCGGAUGACAGCCUCCUUUUUGGUGCAGCUACUAUGAGUGAGUGCACUACUGUCAAAUUUAUUCUCAGUACUUACGAAAAAGCAUCUGGCCAAAAGGUAAAUUUUACUAAAAGCAGUGUGGUUUUCAGUAAUAACCUCCAGCCGCAGUUGAAGGAAGACCUAGCUGCAGUGUUGAAUGUCAAGUGUGUUGAUGAGCACGACCGUUAUCUUGGGCUGCCUCUGAGGGUAGGUAAAUCAAAAACGGCAAGGUUUCAAUACUUGAAGGAAAAUGUCUCCAGAAAGCUGGUUAAUUGGAAGUCCAAAAUCCUUAGUAGUGCUGGCAAAGAGCUUCUUAUCAAAGCGGUUGCCCAAGUUAUGCCCACCUAUGCCAUGAACUGUUAUCUUCUACCUAAGAGCUUAUGUGAUGACAUACAUAAGCUUUGUGCUUCUUUUUUCUGGGGUGACAUGGAGGGGAAGAAGAAGAUACAUUGGAGAAGUUGGGAGAAACUUUGUUUAACGAAGAUUGAAGGUGGUUUGGGCUUUAAGAACAUAUUUGCAUAUAAUUUGGCUAUGUUAGCUAAGCAAGGCUGGAGACUUAUUACCAAACCUAGCUCUCUGAUAGCUCAAGUUUUUAAAGCUAGGUACUUUCCACACUGCUCUUUUUGGGACGCAAGUUUGGGUGAUGCACCAUCCUAUUCCUGGAGAAGCAUACUUGAGAGUCGAUCUCUUCUCAAAGCUGGCACCUCAUGGAGAAUAGGGGAUGGCACUCAAAUCAAUAUCUGGAAUGAUCAAUGGGUACCAAACUGUCCCCGAUAUUUGAUUCAGAAACCAACUGGCACUGUUUUUGAAACAGUAGCUGACUUGAUUGACCCUCAGUCUCGAACGUGGAUUCAAGCUUCAGUUCAGAGGCUAUUUCCACCAACUGUGGCUGAAAAAAUUUUAUGCAUUCCAUUAAGACACCAAGCUGUGCAGGACAGAUUGUGUUGGAUCCCAGAAAAACGUGGCCUUUUCACAGUAAAGAGUGCAUAUUGGAUAGCUAGGCAACAUGUGAUUGGUAAUGUUCUAGCCUCUUCCUCAACUGGUGACCCUUUUCAAAUGCUUUGGAAGUGUUUAUGGAAGGCUAAAAUUCCUGGUAAGGUCCAAAUCUGUGUUUGGCGGGCAGUUAACAACCUUCUACCUACAAGAGAACAACUCCUCAAGAAAGGAUAUGAUGGAGAGCUAGGCUGUAUUGUGUGUAACCACAAAGUGGAAAGCAUAGCUCAUCUUUUUUGCAAAUGUCCUACUGCUCUACAGAUACUUUCAGGUUCACCUUUUUCUCUGAAACAAUCUCUUCUCCCCAAUUUAGACUUUAAAGAAGGGAUGUUGGAGCAAGCUCUUAAUCUAAAGUCUGAGAUUUUUGAGAAACUUCUAAUGAUCAUUUGGGGUCUAUGGAAGAAUAGAAACCAUAAGUUGUGGGAGGGCAGAGUGCAGUCUUCACAUGAUAUCAUGCUUGGGUGCUUGGCAUGGUUGGAAGAAUUCCAACACGCUCGACAAGUUCCUACUUCACGGGUACACAAUAUUGUAAACAAAUGGCAGCCUGCAGAAAUCCCCAAGCUUAAUGUGGAUGGUGCUUUUCUACCUCAUGCCUCACAUGGUGGAGUUGGUGGUGUACUAAGGAGCUCGAAUGGAGGCUUUCAAUAA